GGGCGCAGCCAGGCGGCUGGGCGGGCGGGGGCCAGAGGCUGAGCCCGGGCCAGCCAGCGGGGCGAGCCAGCCGCGCGCACAGCUCUGCCCGCAACCCCCUGAGCCGAUCCCUGCCUCCCCCGGGGCUCUCCCCGGGUCUACCUGAGCCCCCCUCGAGGUGCCCAUCCAUUUCCUUGAGUGACUACAGCGUGGUUGUUUUUUUUUCUUUUCUUCUUCUUCUCUCCUCCUCUCCCCUCCCUGUGUGCCCUUCUCCAGGAUGGCAGAGGCAGAACUGCACAAGGAAAGGCUGCAAGCCAUCGCCGAGAAAAGAAAGAGGCAGACUGAAAUAGAAGGCAAGCGACAAGAGCUCGACGAGCAGAUACUUCUGCUGCAGCACUGCAAGUCCAAAUUGCUUCGGGAAAAAUGGCUGCUGCAGGGCAUGCCGGCUGGAACUGCGGAGGAGGAGGAAGCCAGGAGGCGGCAGUCUGAGGAGGAUGAAUUCAGAGUCAAACAACUUGAAGAUAACAUUCAGAGGCUGGAGCAGGAAAUCCAGGCGCUAGAAAGCGAAGAGUCCCAGAUAUCCGCCAAAGAGCAGAUCAUCCUAGAGAAACUAAAGGAGACGGAAAAAUCCUUCAAGGACUUUCAAAAGAGCUUCUCCGGUGUGGAUGGAGAUGCAGUAAAUUGCAUUUCCUCCCAGCUCCCCAACCUGCCAACCCUCUAUUCACGAACAGCAGAACUGUCACCUGGGCAGGACGGAACCAGCAGAGCAGCUGCUAUGUACGCCAUGGAAAUUAAUGUGGAGAAAGACACACACACAGGAGAGACCAAGAUUCUCUCUGCAUCCACCAUUGGCCCAGAGGGGGUCCACCCGAGAGGAGUCAAAGUCUAUGAGGAUGGUACCAAAGUAGUGUAUGAGGUGCGCUCGGCGGGCGCCGUGGUAGAAAACGGAGUGCACAGACUCAGCUCCAAGGACGUAGAAGAGCUCAUUCAGAAGGCGGGCCAGUCCAGCCUCAGAGGCGGGCGCGGGUCCGAGAGGACUGCGGGUGCAGAUGGGAGCCUCGGCCACCCCAAGGACCACGUGCUCUGCAAGGAGGCCAAGUUAGAGAUGGUCCAUAAGUCUAGGAAAGACCGCCCCUCCGGGAACCCGGGGCAGCAGGCCCGGGCCCCCGGCUCGGAAGGGCCGCAGGCGCACUUGGAUCAGCCCGUCACCAUGAUUUUCAUGGGCUACCAAAACAUUGAGGAUGAAGAGGAGACCAAAAAGGUGCUAGGCUACGACGAGACCAUCAAGGCCGAGCUGGUCCUCAUCGACGAAGACGACGAGAAGUCCCUGAGGGAGAAGACCGUGACGGACGUGUCCACCAUCGACGGCAAUGCGGCGGAGCUGGUGUCUGGGAGGCCCGUCUCAGACACCACAGAGCCCUCGUCCCCGGAAGGGAAGGAAGAGAGCCUGGCCACGGAGCCAGCCGCAGGAGCCGGGUGGGAGAACGUGCUGCUGAAGGGCGACGAGGCAGCCUCCGAAGCCACAGAAGCAUCCAGCGCAGACAUGACAAUCAAGAAGCCUCCUCCGCUCUCCGAGGAUGAUAUCCGGCUGAGCCAAGAGAGGGACCCCUGUAGUGCCAACCCCCUGGACGCUGUGAUCAGCCCUCUCCCCUCCAAUCACAAAAACAUGGAAAUUGAGGUCUCCGUGGCAGAAUGUAAAAGCGUUCCCGGAAUCGCCUCCGCUCCACAUUCCAUGGACCCCCCCUCCCCUUUCUACGCGCCCCCCCACAAUGGCCUCCUCGCGGAUCACCACGAGUCUCUGGAUAACGACGUGGCCAGUGAGAUCCGCUAUCUAGACGAGGUGCUGGAGGCCAACUGCUGCGACUCCUCUGCGGACGGACCUUACAACGGCACGUCCUCCCCGGAGCCCGGCGCCGCCGUCCUGGUGGGCAGCCCGAGCCCGCCUGCCCACACGGCCGUCCAGCCGGAACCCACGGAGAGAGCCCCCGGCAGGCAGGUGCCUCCUCACAUCGAGCUCAGCAAGAGCAACUCGGACACCAUGGCGGAGGGCGAGAGAGCCAACGGCCUCUCCCCGGACCAGCCCAGAGAGCUGCUGGGGGACAGCCUGCAGGCGCCCGUGAGCCCCAGCUCCUCCACCAGCUCGUGGUGCUCGUCCCGGGAUGGUGAGUUCACGCUCACCACGCUGAAGAAGGAGGCCAAGUUCGAGCUGCGCGCCUUCCACGAGGACAAGAAGCCCUCCAAGCUCUUCGAGGACGACGAGAAGGAACAGUACUGCGUCCGGAAAGUGAGGCCCACGGAGGAGAUCCUGGAGCUGGAGAAGGAGAGGCGGGAGCUCAUCCGGAGCCAGGCCAUGAAGAAGAACCCCGGCAUCGCGGCCAAGUGGUGGAACCCGCCCCAGGAGAAGUCCAUCGAGGAGCAGCUGGACGAGGAGCAUCUGGAGUCGCACAAGAAGUACAAGGAGCGCAAGGAGCGCCGGGCGCAGCAGGAGCAGCUGCUGAUGCAGCAGCAGCCCCCGCCGCCGCUCUGCGGGGCCCCCGCCUCCCCCCGGGAGCCUUCUGGCACGGCCACCAAGACGAAGGAGGACAUCGUCACCGAGCAGAUCGACUUCUCUGCUGCCCGCAAGCAGUUCCAGCUCAUGGAGAAUUCCAGGCAGCCCUUGGCCAAGGGCCAGAGCAACCCCAGGCUCUUCUCCAUCAAGCCAUUCUACAGGCCCCUGGGUUCCAUCAACUCAGACAAGCCACCGACCAUCUCGAGGCCGGCUUCCCUCGGGGGUCCCGCAGAAGACGGGGGCACCUCGGCGGCCAAGGGGCAGAAGGCCCCCGGUGCCCAGGAGAGCCAGCCUCCGGGCGGAGGCCAGGGCGGCGCCGCGCCUCCGGGGAAGGACGGGCCGUACAGCGAGCCCUGCAAGCGCGGCCCCCUGUCCAAACUGUGGGCCGAGGACGGAGAGUUCACCAGCGCCAGGGCCGUCCUCACCGUGGUCAAGGAUGACGACCCUGGGAUUUUGGAUCAGUUCUCGAGGUCUGUCAACGUCUCUCUGACCCAGGAGGAGCUCGACUCUGGCUUGGAGGAGCUGUCCGUGAGGUCCCAGGACACCACUGUCCUGGAGACCCUGUCCAAUGACUUCAGCAUGGACAACAUCAGCGACAGCGGGGCCUCCAACGAGACGGCCAACGCCCUCCAGGAAAACUCGCUGGCUGAUUUCUCACUGCCCCAGACCCCCCAAACGGACAACCCCUCCGAAGGCCGGGGAGAAGGUGUCUCCAAGUCAUUCAGCGAUCAUGGUUUCUACUCCCCUUCCUCCACGCUGGGAGACUCUCCGUCGGCCGAGGACCCCUUGGAAUAUCAGGCCGGUCUCCUGGUCCAAAAUGCCAUCCAGCAAGCCAUAGCCGAGCAGGUGGAUCGCGCUGGGUCCGGACCCAGCAAGGGUGGCGCAGAGCAACAGCCGAGGCCCAAAGCGACUCGAGAGGAAGCCGGGGCGGGGGCUUCUCGCUCCGAGAAGCCCCGGAGCACGUUUGAACCCCCUCAGGUGUCCUCCCCUGUUCAAGAGAAAAGGGAUGUCUUACCAAAGAUCCUGACUGCCCAAGACAGGGCGCUCAGGGAACGGGGACCCUCCUCCCCACCGCCCGCCGUGCAGCCCAGCGGCCCCAUCGACAUGGAGGAGACCAGACCCGAAGGGAGCUAUUUCAGCAAGUACUCGGAGGCCGCGGAGCUGCGGAGCACAGCCUCGCUCCUGGCCACGCAGGAGUCUGACGUGAUGGUCGGGCCCUUCAAGCUGAGGUCGAGGAAGCAGCGGACUUUGUCCAUGAUCGAGGAAGAGAUCCGAGCAGCCCAGGAGAGGGAAGAGGAGCUGAAGAGGCAGAGGCAGGUCUUGCAGAGUACCCCGAGUUCCAGGGCAAAGAACGCCCUGUCGCUGCCCUCCCGAACCUCGUGCUACAAGACCGCUCCAGGGAAAAUAGAGAAAGUCAGACCUCCUCCAUCCCCCACACCUGAAGGCCCCAGCUCGCAGCCUGACUUAGCCCCCGAAGAGGCUGCCGGAUCGCAGCGGCCCAAGAAUCUGAUGCAGACCCUCCUGGAAGACUAUGAGACUCACAAAUCUAAAAGGCGCGAGAGAAUGGAUGAUAGUAGUUACACCUCUAAGUUACUGUCUUGCAAGGUGACUUCCGAGGUCCUUGAGGCCACGCGGGUUAACCGAAGGAAGAACGCCCUGGCCUUGCGCUGGGAGGCGGGCAUCUAUGCCAACCAGGAGGAGGAGGACAAUGAAUAAUACACUUCCACCCAGGAAGCUUCCUGCGUGCUUGGGUCACCAAGAAGCCAAGCCAUCCACACAUCCCAGCAUUUUAAUGGACUAUUUAUUAAAGUGCAACCAAACUCAGCCAUCCUUCCCGAGACCAGAAGCUGCAACCAUGAACCAUGACAUGAAGAAAGAAGUCCAUCCAUCAAACUCUACACCCGGGAGUCAUCCAGAGAAAGGAUUUUUUUUUUUUUUUUUUUUUUGUGGCUCCGAGAACCGUCUGGGUUUGAACCGAUCCAUACCUGCUCCAAAGGACAAAGAAGUGACAAGCAAAUCAACAUGGUGGUUCCAGGCAGAACCGAGACCAGCCGGGCUGGGUGGGAGGAAACGCAAUGGUGAUGGGGCUGUUGGAGAGCAGGGAGCCCAGGCUGGUGCAGCCGACUGGCACAGAGGCCUCUUCACCAGGGGCCCACCUACCACCCAGCAUCAGAGGUGUUGGGUGAACUCCGUCGACUCCAGCAGCCAAAACAUGGAUCCUGUUUCUCUCCUUGCUGAGAAGAGGCAGGGAUGACUCCAUUUAUCUCACAUUUCCUUGUUUUUAAUCGGGAGCAGUUAAUGGUCGCAAUACACACAAUCCCUAUUUUUAAGACAACGUUUCUUCCUAUUGCAAAACACAAUCUGUUCCACACAAGGAGGCUGAGAGAGGGGGAGAAAGCCAAACCAAAUGGAUUAUUUUAGCUUUAGGAUCUCGUCCGCUUACGCUAUUGACUGAUCUGCAGGUUUAGGAGAACACGUUUUCAUGAUUAUGUUUCUUCCUAGGAAAACUAUAUUUAGUGGACAACGACUAUUUUUAUGAUGGGAUUGGGGAAAUAUAUCCAUGUAUAAAGCCUGUGCACAUUGAACAUCUGGUUCAAGAGGGUAGAGGUAUUUUUAGAAUGGCAACCGUUGAACAAGGGCAGACUCUGCCCUCAGAGAGGUAGAUGAUGAGAAGUGAAAAGGGGCUUAUAUUUUACUAGAAUGCCAUAAAGUGGACCUUAGGGGUGGUAGGAAGAAUGGGAAAUUAUUUUGGAUCAAUCAGAAAUGAAACGUUAAAGAAAGGCCACGAAGGUAGAGAGAGAGGGAGGGAGGAAAAGUGGGGGGAAAUAAGGAAGUAAGAGAUAUUUUUGUUGAUCAGCCAGUGUUUUUCAGGAUGAUACAGAAAAAUAAAGACUAGAUAUUUCAGCUACAAACGCUAAAGAUGGUGUGUGUGUGUGUGUGUGUGUGUGUGUGUGUGAGUGUGUGCCUGUCUACACACGCACUCACCCACCUCUUGUGUGUUGGUGUAAAGUGUGUAUGCCCAUGAGUAAGAGUGUGUGUGUGUGUGUGUGUGUGUGUGUGUGUGUGAGAGGAUUAAAAUUCCAGAGUGAUCAUGGGACAGGGUAUACAGCGAUUUCCUCCAAAGCUGUUCGCCGGCAUGAGGAGUGAGUGAGGAGGCCUUUUUGUGAAAAGGGAUAUAGAGGCACGGAGCUGAUGCAGUAUUUGUCAUUGUGAACUGGCCGGACAUGGUGUUUGCAUGAGGCACAGUUGCAGGAUUUGGAGCAGUUUUGUAACAUGACGUGUAGGAAAGCACCGUAUUUAUUCUCACGCUUUGUAUUCAUGCCUAGCAUACCAUAGAGGAUGCCAGCUUCACUCUCUCUGUCAUGUAAAGCAAUAUGACGAGGGCGCUCCGUAACCGAGGGCCCUACAUUUCUGGAUGAGAAAAUGUUCCGUUCUGGCCAUGAGAAAAAAAAAACAAAACCUGACCAGCAUUCUUUUUUUUCUUCUUUUUCUUUUUCCUUUUGUUUUAAAACUGUGGUUUUUACAAAUAAGCAAUAAUGAAGUCAGACCUCACUGAAGUUCGUUUUUGUUUUUCUAAGGUGUCAUAAGCUCUAAUAUGUUAUUCUGAUGAGUAGCAAUUCCACAUAAAGUUUGUACGUAGAUGUUGUGCACAUUAUCUUUGUUCCUUUUAUUAGACUAGCGUUGACUUAGGGGAAAACUGAUCCGCAGACCAGCAGUGGGCACCGAGAAGGAUUGGAACUUUCAGGUCAUUUGCAAGGAGGAUCCUCGAAGACUGUCAAGGGAGCCUGCAGUGUGAAGCCACAUUCUACCCCUGGGCAGCUGGUGCCAUCUUUGUAUGAAUCCUGCUCUUGAAUAUUCCAAGUGAAUAUUCGACGUGUGCCCACCGCCAGGGGCACCAGAUGAAUAAUAUCCCUGUGGCAAGAAAUUAAUUUUGGGGUGGGGGGAGGCUGGCCCAGAGGUAGACAUCCUCGGGAAAACGAGAUCUGGGUGAGGUUAGAAGUCCUGUCGGUACAACCAGGAAGAAUGCUGUGCCCGGUGAGGUCCAGUGUCCCCAAGGCAGGCUUGGAGGUGAACACCGGUGAGCUGGCAGCCUGGGUUGGCCCAGGGCACAGCGGCCGCUGGCGAGGGUGGCGAGGAGCAGAGAGCUUAUGUGGGCGGUGCCAGGAACCAGCCGUGCUGCCUGCUUCCAGAGCUGCCUCGGGAUCUGGCUGGGACCCUGGGCACGAUCUGAAGAACCUCCCCGUCUUUCACAAGAGGAAGCCGUCCUGGGGAUGGGACGUAGCUGGAGAUGUUCGUUCUGAUGGAAGGAAUCCUGUGUGCCUGCUGCCAGCCCGCACCUGGGAAGAGGAUUUGCAGCUGAAGGGAAGGCUGUAGGCCACACAGCCAUGGGGUCACUUCGGAGGCACACCCCUUGGUCUGUGGCUGGGGCGGCCAGAGGCACUGAGCGCACCGGGUCCUCUGGUCCGAGCUCCGUGUGUAGAUCAGGCAGCAAAUGCAGAGUUCCCGAGACAGCCUGCGGCCACGUGGCUGUUUCAUGGCGGCCCCCUCCUCUCCGGCAUUUGUCCAUUCCCUCCACAGGUCACUGUUGUCUCUCUCCUCCCGCCCCUCCCCUGCAAUCCCACCGACGUGUAAAUUCUCUGGGGAAGAGCCAGAUUUUUCUCUGCGCUCUUGGGUUUGUUUGUGGUUGUUUUUUUUUUUUACUCAUUAAAGCACCAUGGGGCCCCUGCUUUGUACAUAGCACUGCGCUAGGCUCUGGGCUCCCUGAUGACUCCCUAUUUAACUCUCUGAAGAUGUAACAGGGCCUCCGGCUGGUGGGAAGCUUGGCCCUCCCCUCCGCAUCCCUGCCCCCAAGUAGUCUGCAAGCUUGCUCAUCUCCACUAGGACAGAUGUUUAGGUUCUGCAGACGUUCAAGGCUUUCCUGAAAGUUAUUCCGCUCAGCCGUGUUUAUAGACUUCCCUCCGCAGCCGAGUCACUCCUGACCAGCCUUGGCUUUCUCAUCCAGAAAUUGUGGACACGGGCUCUUUCCGUGGCCGGGGGCCAGGCUGUGCUCUGCUCAGAGGACACGGUGCAGUUUCCUUCGCCUCCUUCCACCCGUGCAUGCCGCCCACGCUAGACAGUGACAUAGAAGCAGUAUAUCGAUCAGUGUCCACAUAUAUAUACACAACACACCACACACACACACACACACACAACAAGGAACACUAUAACAGUGUUGGCUCUUGCCUCUGAAGACAGAUAAGCAAACAAUUUUUUUCACAACUAAAAACGGAUGUAAUUAAACUAUGUAUUGAAAAAAAAAUAGCUUACGUGUUUAGAGAUGAUGACUAUAUCCAAUUUUAGUGACAACCAAUUCUCCUGAAUUCUAAGCAUUCAGUGAGUGAGCUGCCAAUUUUGAUUUUGUGUUGCUCUUUACCCAAAUGACAUUUUUUUUUUCUUUUCUUUUUUUUGAGGAGGAGGAGGAGGAGGGGGCAAAAGCAGCAAUACUGUGUUUGACUAUUACACUCUGAAUCCGGCUCUCCUGUGUAUGUUAACCACUGAGAUGUCAUUCCUCUGCUUCGGUUUUAUAGUGAUUGUGAGGCAUUCAAUGCAAGUAUACAGUUAUUUUCUCAUUAAA